AUGGACCUUGGUAUAUCUCCAUAUGAUCUGAUAGAAAUACAUAAAUCAGGUAAUGGGAAAGAAUUGAAGGUGGAAUCAACUUUAGCCAAGCAUACCCUAGCAUAUUCACCCAUAAUUACCAAUAUCAUUCCCAAAUUUAAGGUUAAUGUUAACAAACCAUUCAGAGGAAUUCCAAGCACGUCUUUUAAUGAUGACGAUUAUCAAGUACUUAUUCCCAAUGAAAUGGAUUCACAAUUGGAUGCAUUCAGUGAUGAUGAGCUGGAAAAUGAGAUAUUUCCUGAAACCCCAAAGAAACGUAUUGAAAAGGAAGAGAUAACGAUAAUUAAACCAGUUCAAGUAUUAGUUAAACUUCGGUCAUUAAGUAUCAAUGGCAUUGAAUUUGGUACCAAAUCUGAGAUCCGAUCUUCGUGUGUCAUACCGAGUGCUUUAAAUACAGAUGGAAAGGAAGAGGAGGAUUCUUUGUUUAUAUCACUAAAAUCUGGGUUUGUACUAUUGAUUAGAUUGUACUUCGUUCCACGACAAUAUAUGGACUCAGAUUACACAUUCCAAACAAAUUCAACCGUUAAACACACAGGAAAUUCAAUAUUUAAACCAUUCGUGUUACAGUGGUGGGAGACAUCAUUAUCUUCAGAUGAUAUUAGUUUGACUGAUUCAGGCUUUUCUUUGCAUUCACAUAAAUCGGGCCUUGCUGCUGUUUCUACAUCAGCAUCUGGAAUGUUUCGAAUAUACAACUUACAAGUUUCCAAUUCAGGAACUAUUCCAAAAAAGCACCAUAACGUGAAAGUUGAUGGUCUAUUACUACACUCCUGUUUCGUGGAGCCGAUCAAUGGCAAGGACGAUGAUCAUGUGGGUUUCUUCACUUUAGCAUUUACAAAAUUUAGAAGACUAGUGAUUCAUCUAAUUACUUGGUCUAUAGUCCAAGAUAUGUCAAAGAGCUUCAAAAGUACAACUUUACCAUUAUAUAAUAGUUUCAAUAUUCCAAUAUUUGUUGUGCCUGUCAGAAAUGGAUUUUUAUUCGUAAAUAAAGAGAACAUGGUAAUUGUUUCUAUUCAUAACAUACUUUCAGCAGAUUACGAUUUCAUCACAAAAGAGUCACCCUGGUUGACACACGAGGAAUUUCCUACCAGUUAUUACAAAUCAAUGGAUUCUACAGAUGAUAGUUACGAAGUAAUAUUCAUUUCGACCGAUGCUGGAAAUAUAUACUCCGUUAUCGUUGAAGAUGGUGGCUUCACAUCAGUCAAGCCAAUUGCAAAAAUUCCAGAACCUAUUUCUGUUUUCUCCUUUGAAAAGGUUCAUGAAGGUUUUAACGUGAUAUACAGUUGUGACAAUGGAGGCAGCAAGAAUUUACUAAUGAAGCUUCCACUUGAGCUCAAAGAUGGAUUGGAUUUUCAAUAUACUGAUGCUAAAUUGAUAAGAGAUAAUAAAAACUGGGCACCUUUACUUGAUGUUCUGAUAAUCAAAUCAAAUACAUCGACCAUCUAUAACUCGAUUUCAGACCAAGAACUUUGGGGUAUUUCAGGGUCAGUAAAAAGGUCCAAGAUCAAUUUUUUCAAGUAUGGCUAUCCAGCAAUACGAACAAGUGAUACUUACGAGAUUUUAAGAAAGGCAGAUAAGUUGUUUUAUAUUGAAAUCAGUAGGCGGAAAUAUAUUCUCUGCUCUUUUCCCUACCGAAGUGUUCUCAUAGAGUAUCAACAUAAUAUCAAAGAAGCAUUUACAGAGUUAUCGGAUGCUAGAAUCAUAACAGGUCCCACUAUUUUUGCUGAUACAUGUGUAUUUGAUGAUGUGGACUAUUUAAUACAAGUAUCUGCUAACGAAGUAUUGCUUUCAUCUCUAACUGAGGAAACCAAAAGGCAAACAGUGGAAAACAAAAUAUUUUACUGUGACAGAGUUCAAAAUUAUCUACUUUUGGUAGUUGAAUCACCACAUUCCGGGGGGAUGCAACUUGAGAUCUAUAAAAUAAAAGGUGGUGAUACGUUAUUCGACGAAGGAGCAGAUAUAAUUGAAAAAAUACACAGCAGGAUAUUGAACUUUGAACCUUCAACUGCUAAAUUUCUAGAUAUUGGAAGUAGUUUCAUUUUAGCUGUAGGAAGCUUUUCUGGUAGUCUAUUAUUAUUCCGAUUUUUGGAAGAUAAUAUAUACCCACCUAUUGAAAUUGAUUUAUCAAGCUUAAAUCCUUAUUACGACAAUUCAUUUAUUGGCGAAGAUUUGGUUAUACCGCAUGAUAUUUGUUUCUAUGAUAAUAAAGUCUUGGUUGGUUCAAAAGAUGGUUAUAGUAUAACUUUGGCUGUCGAUGGAAGUUUGGGAACUGUUUGUGAGGCUUUUCUUAAAAUCGGUACUUCACCAGUUACAUAUUCUAAGUCUAGAACUGAUACCCAACUUAUAUUCAUGCACUGCAGAUAUAUUUGGUUACUUAACCUUUAUGAAUCACGCUUUCCUAGAAGAGUUCAUUUCGAUGAAACAUACGAACGAUCAGUAUUUGAUAUGGUUGAAAUUUCUAUUUAUAAAUCUACAGAUACGCUGCUGAAGUAUUUUGCAGUAAUCCGUGAUGAUGGAUUACUGGUUUGCUCGAUAUCUACUUUUGCGGGACCCUGUGUUAGGCAGGUGAGCCUACCAGAACUCGCUAUCAAGCUUAAUUAUUUGGAUUACUUAUCUGUUUUUAUAAUAUUGUGUAAAACAAAGAAUUCUAAGAACAGAUUAAAAUUCUUUGACAGGAAAUCAUUGAAGUUAAUCAACCAUCAGGAAUCUAGUAUAAAAAAUAGAGAAGAUAAAGAAUUGUCUUUGUUUUCGAAGAAUGAAGAUCCCGUAUCAAGCUGUGUUUGGUCAAUAUUUCGAAAUGACCAUCUAUCGAAAAAGGUUUUGAUUGGUUGCCGUGUUGAAGUCGGUGAUUCUGUAAAAGGUUCAAUGAAAUUAUUAGACAUUGCUAAAGGUAUGGCUGAUGAGACAAGAAUAGUUAGUGUCAAGCAACUCACAUCGUUUGAAGUUGACAACCCAAUUUCAAAUAUUGUACAAAUUAAUAAUAGUAUACUUUUUGCAAGUAAGAAUAACAUUUAUUUUCUUACCUAUGAUGCACAGGGUAAACGGUUGAAACCGGUUUCGACUUUGGCUUCCUUUCCAAGUGAAAUUAUGGAUCUCAAUGUCUAUGAUAAUAAAAGAGUAGUAGUAACUACUAAUCUUGAUUCAGUCUAUCAAUUGGACUAUUCUGAAACCGAUGGAAAGGCAUCUUUGGAGUAUAUCGUGAAUGAUCCAUUUCCAAACAAUUACAUUAGUCAAGCACGAUUAAACUCCAAAAUUGUGGUUGGUGAUCGGUUACAUUCUUCAAUAGCAACCAUUGAAUUUGAAAAAGAAAGAUAUGUUAGCAAGACUUGGUUUCAUGUUCCUUCUAUGCCUCGUGUGUUUGAAGCUAACUUUAAAUGUAUAUGGGUUACGGGCUCAGAUUUGAAUCGUUCUGUACUUACUAUUGGAGUAAACGGGGAAAUCGGGUAUGUUCGAGAUUUAGAUAAGACAAGUGAGGAAUAUCAGAGUUUGAUGCAAAAGUUAAAAGUCAGGGGCCUGAUCGAAGAAGAAGUAAAGAAAUUAGACAGGCCAUUUUUCAAUAAGGUUAGUGGAACUGGCUUACUUUCUCUUAAUAAGCCUAUAUUCGAUUAUAAAGGAAACGAAGGAAAAUUUAUAGAUUACGAUUUGGAAGAAAUUUCUAAAGUAUGUUCCAUCCUGUUUAGUAUUUAA